AUGACCAAGGUGGACGGCAAGGAAGUCGCCGUCGACGCGAGCCAGCCCGACACAGCUGUCCUGCCGUCCGGGACGACAAACCUCGACAUGGACGAGUACCAGGCCACCGUCCCCCUGUGGAGGCGCGUGUGGCAGCACAGUCUCACGCAGAUGAUGCUCCUGAGCGUGCAGGCCUUUUGCGGUCCUGCCAUGGCCGACGCCAUUGCCGGUCUCGGUGGUGGUGGUCUCGCGACGCCCCGGGUCAACAAUAUCACCAAUGCGCUUACCUAUGCGACGCUCGCCAUCACUUGCUUCCUCGGCGGUCCUAUCGUCAACAAGUUGACCGUCAAGUGGGCUCUCGUCAUCGGCUCCAUGUCGUUCCCCAUCCAGGGAUCCGCGUACUACUGCAACAGCAAGUUUGGCAACCAAUGGUACCUCAUCCUCAGCGGUGCCAUUUCCGGUGUCGGUACCGGCUGCUGGUACGUCGCCGAGGCCGGUUCCAUCAUGACCCUCGCUCCCUCCCGCGCGCGUGGCAAGUAUCUCGCCCUGUGGAUCGUGUCGCGAAACCUCGGUCAGCUGGUCGGCGGUGCCAUCAACCUGUCCAAGAAUUACAAGAAGGGACUGAGCGGUGGCGUCUCCACCGAUACUUACCUCGCCUUCUUGGUCAUCGAGUGCCUCGCCCUGCCCUUUGCAUUCCUGAUCCUCCCCUUUGAAAACGUCGUCCGCUCCGACGGCACCAAGAUCGUCACUGAGGCCGAGAAAUCUUCCACCAAGAGCGAGUUCCGCCGUAUCACCAAGACCAUCACGUCGCGUCUGAUCGUCCUUUCCUCCCUGUGGGCUCUGUGGUCGUUCUUCUACGGCGGAUCGUGGUCGACGUACCUGGGAAUCUACUUCUCCCGUCGCCGCGCCCAGGUCGGUCUCUGGGUCGUCGUCGUGCUCAAUGUCGGCGUGUACAUCUGGUCCAUCAUCAUGCAGGUCCGGUUCAACAACCACAACCCCGGAACCAUCGACUGGGACGACUCCCGCUAUGCCAGGUCCUUCCUGCCCUACUUCUUCAUCCAGACGACCGGUCCCCUCUCUCAGUCGUACAUGUAUUGGCUCCUGUCGUCUUUUGCUGCCAAUGCCCAGGAGAACGUCCGCAACGGUGCCGCCUUCCGAUGCGUCGAGGCUGUCGGCCAGGCCAUCGCGUACGCCAUGAAUACUCAGACUUCGAGUGACCCUCUCACAGGAUUCUGCGUCACAUUCGGUCUCCUCGGUGCUGCCCUGAUACCCAUGCACGUGCUCGUCAACUCGACUCCCGACCAGAUCCCGGCCGAUGAGAUUGCACAGCAGCAGAAUGCUCUGGGGGCCAAGACAGCCGACGUGGAGGAGCAGACUGCUGCUAACGACGUUAAGAAUUGA